UAAAGGAACCAUGUUGCGAGCGGCGGUUCUACUCGCGUGUGCGGCCGCAGCUGUCGCUUGGAGAGUCGCCGAUGACUCUCCAUACCCCCUUCACCGUCUGCCAACGCUGUACGAGUUGGACCACUAUGACCGCUGCCUGCGGGAGCCCCAGGGGCUGUACUGCUCGGGGAGAUUCCAGCUUACUUCGGAGAAACCCUCGCCCACCUUCAAUUUGAUCAAGAAAAUCUCCGGCGACACGAGCAUGUUCAACCGCAGCUUCGUCCACCGCGGGGUCUGCGUCAGCGAGCGCUGCCCCUCCACCGAGGUCAACUCCACCUGGCGCUUCGAGCAGUGCGUGCAGAAGCAGCUGGACAAGUACCGCCUGCAGGGCAGGCUGGAGAGCUACCACUGCUAUACCAACACGCCGGAGCGGCCGCCGGACGCACCAGAGAGGAUGUUCGUUGGCGCCCUGCUGCUGAUCCUCUUCUUCAACUUCCUCGGCACCACCUAUGACCUGAUCACCUAUGGAGAAGGAAAAAGCAAGCUGCUGAGGGCGUGGUCGGUGCGGGCGAACUGGGCGCGUUUCACAGCCACCUACGAGGACGGAGACAAGAGACUGCUUAACUUGAAACCCAUACAGGGCAUCAGGUGCACGAUGAUCCUGUUCGUGGUGCUGGCGCACACGGUCACCAUCGACCAUUACCUUUACUCCGGCAACCCCAUCUUCUUUGAAAAGAUCCUCCACAACCCCCUCACGAUAAUCCUGCGGAAUGGAUCCUCGAUGAUCCAGCUGUUCAUAGUGCUGUCCAACUUCCUGUACGGGUACGGCACGCUCAUCUACGCCAAACAACACAAGUUGAGGCUGAGGGAUCUGCCGCUGAGGAUACUCAAUAGGGUGGUCAGAUUGUCCCCAGUUCACCUGGGCGUGGUAGCAUACGCCGCGACGUGGUGGAAGCGCGCCGGCGACGGGCCGCAGUGGGACAGCACGGUGGGAGCCGAGAGCGACAUCUGCCGCAGCAAGUUCUGGCUGCACGCCUUCUACCUGCACAACCUCUUCGACUCCAACAACCACUGCUUGCUGCAGACAUGGUACAUGGCUGCGGACAUGCAGCUGUUCGUGGUGGCGACGCUAGUGCUGAUAGUCCUGGAGCAGCGGCGUUGGAGGCCGAUACCCGUGCUGCUGGCGCUGACCGUCGGCUCCAUCCUGCUGAACAUGGCCCUCGCGUACUACUUCGAUUGGAAGGUGCUGCUGUACAUCACGUCACCUGAAAACAUCCGCAGCCUCUUCACGAAGGUGGAGUCCUUCAGCGCGUACUACAUCAAGCCGUGGGGCAGUCUCCCUGCGUGCUUCAUGGGGCUCCUGCUGGCGCACAUACACAACUACGUACAGGAGACCGACUACCCCAUCACCAAACAUAGGUUCCUUACUUUUGUAUACCAUUUGAUGGCCCCGCUCUGCCUCGGCUGGAUCUGCCUGGGCAACCUGCUGGUGGAGUACAAGUCGCCGCUGUUCACCGCCAUCUACCUAGGUCUGGAGAGGCCCGUCUUCGCAUUCCUCGCUUGCAUCUUCAUACUUUACGCCUGCAAUAAUGUCGACAGUUACUUCCGUCGCGUGAUGUCGUGGCGCGGCUGGCAGGUGUCGGGGCGGCUGAUGCUGUCGGUGGUGUGCCUGCACUGGUGCAUCAACAUGUCCGGCGUGGCCGGCCGCCGCACGCUCACUGACUUCUCCGUCUUCUCAGUCGCUGGGGAGGCGCUGUCGACGCUAUGGUGGUCAUACUGGCUGGCGAUACCUAUGACGCUGCUGCUGGAGUAUCCCUUCCUCAAGACCUUCGCUGCCUUCUUCAGCUGAAGAGAUGAGAUAUGAUAGUCAGUGUGAUAAGUGUAGCGGUAUGAAAUACCACCAAGGUUAAUAUACUAAGUCUGUAGAAUUAAAGUGUUUCGGUUGUGACUUUGGAAGUAAGGAAUGCAAUAAUUAUUAUUAAAAAAGGUUUAC